CAAUAUUCUACCUAUAUAUACCCCCCUCAACACCCAAAAUCAUCACAUCACUCAUCUAACAAAUCAGUAUACUCACAGUUAAUUAAAUCUCUCUCCAAUCCAUGGCAAGCUUUGUGUUCUUACUCUCCAUCAUCACCAUCUCCCUAAUUUCCGCCGAAUGCAAGUUACUUAACGACACCUCGUCUAUUGCAAUAGCCGCUAGCGACUAUGGAAACAUGGUGCACGAAAACUCAACUUCCGUACUCUACCCUUCGUCAGACGCUGACAUCAUCAACCUUGUCAUGGCGACAUCAUCACCCUCGACUAUCGCUGCCCGAGGGCACGGGCACUCGGUCAGGGGGCAGGCCAUGACCUCGGGCGGCGUGGUGGUCAACAUGACUGGGCUCGGUGAGAAUAAUGGUGAUAGGAUAGUGAUUGGUGGGGAUUCUUUGUUCGGGUUUUAUGCGGAUGUUGGGGCAGAGCAGUUGUGGGUUGAUGUGCUAAGGGCAACGGUCAAGCGGGGGCUGGCGCCCGUCUCGUGGACCGAUUAUCUGUAUCUGACUGUAGGGGGGACACUAUCGAAUGCUGGGAUUAGCGGACAGUCGUUCUUGCACGGACCGCAGAUUGCGAAUGUUCUUCAACUUCAGGUUAUUACAGGUCAAGGGGAAAACCUCACUUGUUCACCAAACAAAAACUCCGAGCUAUUUCACGCGGUUUUGGGUGGUCUUGGCCAGUUCGGCAUCAUAACCAAAGCAAGAAUCAUCCUAGACAAAGCACCAACAAAUGUAAAGUGGGCAAAAUUGAUUUAUAGCAAUUUCACGUCAUUCACAAAUGAUCAAGAACGCCUCAUCUCAGGCAGCAACGCGAACUAUGUCGAAGGUUUUGUGAUUGUGAAUGCGAGUGAAAUCGAUCAAUGGAAUCCCCCCUUCUCAAUAUCACAAUCCAAUCGGUCCCGGAUUGUUGACUUGUUGACCAAUCAAAGCGUCCUUUAUGUAAUAGAGUUGGCAGUGUAUUAUGACAACCAAACUGAUUCUAAUACUAUUGAUCAGAAAUUUGAGACAUUGCUCAAGGAAUUGAACUUCAUCCCUGGACUCGAUUUCAAUACAGACGCGUCGUUGUUCGAUUUUCUACACAGAGUUGGAAACUUAGAUACUGUAGAAAUGGGAUCACAACUAUCUCAUCCGUGGCUUAAUCUCUUCAUAGCAAAAUCCGACAUUUUCAAAUUAAAUACACUCGUUUUGACCGGCAUGCUUCCUAGGCUUAACCAGACAUCAGGGCUCUUCAUUUUCUACCCACUAAACAAAAACAAGUAA